CGCCUAAUCCCACCGCCAAAGAGCAGCUGAGAGAGGGGUGUCGCGCGCGUUCACCAUGUCGGAUGUUUAUUUAUAAAACAAAAUAGUUUCACAGCCUCGGUGGAGACGGAGCGACGCCGCCGGCCGGAAAGUAGAGCUCCGAAGCGGGGCGGCAGCGGCGGAGGGAUCUUGGGGGACGCGGCUCGUCCGGUCGCCGCGGAUGACCGAGGCCCGGGCCCGCCCGCUUGUUGUGGUCUGGGCUCGGAUACGGCUCCAGUGCGACCCGGAUCAGCGGCGUUAAUCACGGCUCGGAGAUUACCCUGGCCUGCACCACCAGGAGGAGGAGGAGGAGGAAGAGGAGGAGGAGGAGGAGGAGGGAGGAGGACCAGUGGGGGGGGCAAAGUUAGAAAAGAUGAAGGCGCCGCUCCCCACGUGACCCACUUUGACUCACACCUUAAAUCAGGACUGGGAGGCUGGCACGGCUCCAGCAUGAGGGACGUCUAGGGGUUUGUUAUUAGUAUUUAUUAAGGGGGGGGCAGGUUGUUGUUCUUCUUUGGUUCGGCCCCCUGCACAGACCCGCUGAGCACGCACACAGUAGUUGGGAGGAAGUGGGUCAGGCUGCCGAUCUGCUUCCUUUAAGUUCUCCAUCCUCUUCAUCCUCAUCCUCAUCCUCACUUUGCAGUGGAUGGCUCUCGCCAGCACGUCGACAUGAUGGCCGCUUACACCGGUGGCUCCUCCGCGGUGGCCGCGCAUCACCCGCACCACCACCAGCAGCUCCCGCACCUCCCGCCUCCUCCCCCCCACGUGCACCACCACCACAGCCACCACGCGGGCCAGCACCACCUGCAGCACGGCGCCGCCGCGGUGAUGCUCAAUCCCGGUCAGCAGCAGCCGUACUUCCCGUCUCCAGCACCGGGACAAGCCCCCGGACCGGCGGCCGCCGCGGCUCCGGUCAAAGCGCACCAUCACCGGCAGCAGCAGCCGCAGCACCUGCAGCCGCAGCUGGACAUCGAGCUGGACCGGCCCAUCGGGUACGGGGCGUUCGGGGUCGUCUGGUCGGUGACGGACCCAAGAGACGGAAAGAGAGUCGCCCUCAAAAAGAUGCCCAAUGUCUUCCAAAACCUGGUUUCUUGCAAGAGGGUGUUUCGGGAGCUGAAGAUGCUGUGCUUCUUCAAGCAUGAAAACGUCCUCUCCGCUUUGGACAUUCUACAACCUCCUCACAUCGACUACUUUGAAGAAAUCUAUGUGGUGACUGAACUCAUGCAAAGUGACCUCCAUAAGAUCAUCGUAUCACCUCAGCCUCUGAGCUCGGACCACGCCAAGGUUUUCCUCUAUCAGAUUCUACGAGGACUGAAAUAUCUUCAUUCUGCUGGAAUUCUCCACCGAGACAUCAAGCCUGGAAACCUCCUGGUCAACAGCAACUGUGUGCUCAAGAUCUGUGACUUCGGCCUGGCCCGGGUGGAGGAGUCGGACGAGUCUCGGCACAUGACUCAGGAAGUGGUGACGCAGUACUACAGAGCGCCAGAGAUCCUCAUGGGGAGCCGCCAUUACUCCAACUCCAUCGACAUCUGGUCGGUGGGCUGCAUCUUCGCUGAGCUGCUGGGGAGACGCAUCCUCUUCCAAGCCCAGAGUCCCAUCCAGCAGCUGGAUUUAAUCACAGACCUGUUGGGGACGCCCUCCAUGGAGGCGAUGAGGACGGCGUGUGAAGGCGCUCGUGCACACGUUCACAGAGGACCUCACAAACAGCCGUCGCUCCCGGUCCUGUACACGCUGUCCGGCCAAGCCACCCACGAGGCGGUGCACCUCCUCUGCAGGAUGCUGGUGUUCGACCCGUCCAAGAGGAUCUCGGCGAAGGACGCCCUGGCUCACCCGUACCUGGACGAGGGUCGCCUGCGCUACCACACCUGCAUGUGCAAGUGCUGCUACACCACGUCGUCCGGCCGAGUUUACACCAGCGACUUUGAGCCCGUCACCAAUCCCAAGUUUGAUGACGGCUUCGAGAAGAACCUGAGCUCCGUGAGACGGGUCAAAGAGAUCAUCCACCAGUUCAUCCUGGAGCAGCAGAAGGGGAGUCGAGUGCCGCUCUGCAUCAACCCUCAAUCAGCUGCUUUCAAAAGCUUCAUCAGCUCCACCGUGGCUCAGCCCUCUGAGAUGCCUCCGUCUCCGCUGGCGUGGGAGUAACAUCCUCCUCCUCCUCCUCCUCCUCCUCCUCCUCCUCCUCUUCCUCCUCCUCCUCUUCCUCCUCCUACUCCUCCUCUUCCUCCUCCUCCUGUCGUCCAUCGUAGCGUUUCACUGGAGCAGGACUCGUAGGUCUGCACCCGGACUGUUUCUUUAGGGGGUCCUAUUAUUAUUAUUAUUAUUAUUAGGGGGGGGUUGUUAGGGACGAAAUGAUCUGUAGACCAAAUCAGAAUGUGUCAUCUGGCAUGUAUAUUAAUAUAUACACAUAUAUAUAUAUUAAUAUACAUUUAAAGAAAAAAAGAUGUCUAUUUUAACAUUGGCUCUGCGUUACGUCAUUCCCCCCCCCCCCAACUAAUGAGCCAAAGAUCAGCAGCCUGAUGUGAAGGAGGUUCUGGGUGUGUGGCGGAACCGUGAAGGAGGUUCUGGGAGGAACCGUGAAGGAGGUUCUGGGUGUGUGGCGGAACCGUGAAGGAGGUUCUGGGUGUGUGGCGGAACCGUGAAGGAGGUUCUGGGAGGAACCGUGAAGGAGGUUCUGGGUGUGUGGCGGAACCGUGAAGGAGGUUCUGGGUGUGUGGAGGAACCGUGAAGGAGGUUCUGGGAGGAACCCUGAAGGAGGUUCUGGGUGUGUGAAGGAACCGUGAAGGAGGUUCUGGGUGUGUGGAGGAACCGUGAAGGAGGUUCUGGGAGGAACCGUGAAGGAGGUUCUGGGUGUGUGGAGGAACCGUGAAGGAGGUUCUGGGAGGAACCGUGAAGGAGGUUCUGGGUGUGUGGAGGAACCGUGAAGAAGGUUCUGGGUGUGUGGAGGAACCGUGAAGGAGGUUCUGGGUGUGUGGAGGAACCGUGAAGGAGGUUCUGGGUGUGUGGAGGAACCGUGAAGGAGGUUCUGGGUGUGUGGAGGAACCGUGAAGGAGGUUCUGGGUGUGUGGAGGAACCGUGAAGGAGGUUCUGGGUGUGUGGAGCUCACGAGUUGAGCUGUGGAUGUUUUAAAGGCUCUGAACAUCUCGUCAAUCAAAGUCUCUUCAUCUCAGAACCCCUCCUCCUCCUCCUCCUCCUCCUCGUUGUUGUUGUUUAUUUGUUUACACCGCCAAAGAAACCAGAAGCUCACUGAGCGUGCUCAGAAUCUUCUUCUCUGGUAUUUGACGUAUCGUUGCUGUGGACUUUGUCGCCCCCUGCUGGUUCCCGGAGGUCCUGAGGACGGGAUCCUGUGUGGACAGAGUAUUGUUUUUAAAAUGUAGAGAACAUACGUUUAAAAUUAAUAUAUUACGAUCAUAUUAAUGUUCUCUUAUAUAUUCACAUUCUAAAUUUAUGUUUUGAAUCUCAGAAUACUUCAAACUUCACUUCCUAACUGAGAUUAGUUAACUGAGGUUAGUUAACUGAGGUUAGUUAACUGAGAUUAGUUAACUGAGGUUAGUUAACUGAGAUUAGUUAACUGAGAUUAGUUAACUGAGGUUAGUUAACAGAGAUUAGUUAACUGAGAUUAGUUAACUGAGGUUAGUUAACAGAGAUUAGUUAACUGAGAUUAGUUAACUGAGAUUAGUUAACUGAGAUUAGUUAACUGAGGUUAGUUAACUGAGAUUAGUUAACAGAGGUUAGUUAACUGAGGUUAGUUAACUGAGAUUAGUUAACUGAGGUUAGUUAACUGAGAUUAGUUAACUGAGAUUAGUUAACUGAGGUUAGUUAACAGAGAUUAGUUAACUGAGAUUAGUUAACUGAGAUUAGUUAACUGAAGUUAGUUAACUGAGAUUAGUUAACAGAGGUUAGUUAACUGAGAUUAGUUAACUGAGAUUAGUUAACUGAAGUUAGUUAACUGAGGUUAGUUAACUGAAGUUAGUUAACUGAGAUUAGUUAACAGAGAUUAGUUAACUGAGAUUAGUUAACUGAAGUUAGUUAACUGAGGUUAGUUAACUGAAGUUAGUUAACUGAGAUUAGUUAACUGAGAUUAGUUAACAGAGAUUAGUUAACUAAGAUUAGUUAACAGAGGUUAGUUAACUGAGGUAAACUUCUACCAGACCAACAGAGUGACUUUGGACCAUUCAGUCCUAAAUGGUUGAACUGGUCUGUUUAGACCAGCUGACUCUUUUGUCUCCUUGUGUGUGUUUUGCUGGUCGUUGAAGGGUUAAAGGUCAAAGAAGGGUCAAAGGUCAACGCUCUAAGCGGAGGGGAAACAUGGCCGACACUACGGGAAAUCCUCUAGAAACACUAACCAGUUCAACUAGUUUAACCAGCAAUAUCCUCCUUCUUCUGCUCUACUUGAAUAUAUUCGCCCUGGAUUGAAUUCAAGCGUCGAGUAGCAUCGGACUGACGAAUGAAACGAUGGCACGAUGUGUGGGGGGAGGAGCUAGAGGGGCUGGCUCCUCCCACACGUCCAGAACGGAGUUCAGUCAUUUAAUAUAUUUUUAGAGGUGUUUUCUAUUUGUGUUGUCAGCGUAUCACCAUGUGUAUAAACAUACAUGUUCAAUAGAGAGGCAUAAACCACAAUAACCGCUGUAUAGGAAGUCGUAUUAGCAGAUUUAUAAGGUGUGAAGUUCCUUUUUAUUUUUAAAAACAACAACUUGCAUACAAAUUGUGUAAAUAUAUAUUUUGUGUAUUUGUACCCUGCGAGCCUCGUGAACCCUCCGUCGUGUCUCCGAGGAGAAGCCUUGUGUUUGUAAUCGAUGAUGAAGAUGAUGAUGAAGAGUCAUCACAGCUGCACCGCGUGGAUCACAACCGAUCACCGCGUUGGCCUCUACCUCCGGAUCAAUAACUUUGGCUUUUGUUUACCUCCAUCUUUCACAAUUUACAACAAAAAAACACUUGAUUGUCCAUUUGAAGCUUUUAUACUGAAAUUAUGUCACGUCCUUCCUGCUGACCCCCCCCCCCCCAACGACCACCUGACAUCAAUAAAUGCAUUAUUAUUAAUAUUAAUAUCAAUAGCCAAGGUUUCCCCGACUCUUAGUCCACGUUGUCUCUUCCACAGCGGUGUGUUCAAGGACCCGCCCGCCAUCAAACCAUCAUUGCCGCAUUGCAUUGUGGGAUAAUUUCAAUUUGGAGACUGUAAUAUUUUACUUUUGGUUUAAUACUGGGGUUUAAGAAGUACUAAAAUAUGUAAUAAUGUUCUCGUUAAAGUUUAGUAGCAUCUUGUCCAAUCAGGGUCCAUUAUUUAAUUUAGUUUGAACAUUUUCUAUAUUUUAUGACGGCUGCUUUUCUGAUUUUAAAAAUCUAAAAUAUGUCAAUAAUACAUCAUUAUAAUUAAUAAAUCACGAUCACAUUGGGACCACACUUAAAAUAUUACAUUUCAGUCAUUUUUUUGUAAUUUUACUUAUUUUUACGUAUUCAGAACAGAUGGUUUUAUCUGCUCUGUUUAGUAUUUUCUUAAUUAUUUUAUUAUUAAGUCAUGUUAAUAAUAAACGGCACUAGUUUUUAGUUUUGCCUUCCGUUAGUUAAUUAAUUAGAAUCAUAUUCUAAUUUAUUAAGUUGUGUUUCUCGGUUUGCUUCUGAAUUUGCGGUGUUUAUGAAUUUUUAAUUGUUUUAUAAAUAUUAUUAAAUGUUAAAAGGACAAACUUCCUGGAUCUGACUCCAGUUGUCCUCCACCAAACUAUA